AUGCAGUCCGUAGCCAGAUUGUGUUUCUCGGUAUUACUGCUAGCAUCAGUUGUUGCCAGCUCAUAUCACAGCAGUGCGAAGCUACGUCGUGAUGGCGUCCUGAACCUAUAUCCCUUUCCAAGGGUGGGUCGUGCGUCGCAUCGCACUUGGCAAGUUCCGACCAACGACUUGUUAGAUGGUGAUCAAAUAAAACGACAGCUAUACGCUUUCCCACGAGUCGGCAGAAUCGAUCCACUUCGUUCAGAGGUCCAAUUAUCCCCACUUGAAAACAUGCUGCUUGGUCGACGAAACCCGUUUGUCAAGCGGCAGAUUUUCUCCGAACCUCAAGCAGAGACGGACAGCACGGCGAUGUGGUUUGGUCCAAGACUAGGAAGAGCAUACAAGAGGGAAGAGGACGAUGUCACUCUGAAAUAUACGGACCAAAGUGAACCAGAACAGUUCGAAGACCAAACUCGCGAAAAAAGGCAAACAUCGCGGACGUAAUUUUGCAAUAACGGACGCCCACUUCCCACCACAGCAUCUCCCUUUAAAAAUAACAUUUGAAAUUACUUCCACUUAGUCUCAACAAAACAUUCAUUUUCAAACAAUUUUAGCAAUAAUAAUUUAGUUAAGUAAUUAUUUGUAGUAAUAUCAAUCGCCAU